AUGGCAUUCAGACCCUUGCGAACAUCGGCAGACGAUGAUGGCACGCUCAACGACUCGUCCAUCACCUCGUCGGUCACCCAACAAGGCAGCGGCAGCAGUCCCCUCAAGCCGAGCAAUGCAGCCGCAUCCGAGUCUCAGUCUCUCCUCGACAGCCAUGCAGAGGAAGACGCAGGACAGGCGACACUGUUCAGCUCGGUCGCCAACUUGUCCAACACCAUCCUGGGCACUGGCAUGCUUGCUCUGCCUCAUGCGAUAGCCCAAGGUGGACUGGUCACUGGCUUCAUGUUGAUCAGUCUGGCAGGCGCAGCCUCCGCGCUGGGCUUGUACCUCCUCUCGAGAUGCUGCGCAAGACUGGGCAGCCGUCAGGCUUCCUUUACUGCGCUCGCCAGUCUGACUUAUCCCGCCGCUUCGACUUUCUUCGAUGCCGCUAUCGCACUCAAAUGCUUUGGCGUCUCCAUCUCUUAUCUGAUCAUCAUGGGCAGCCUCACUCCACAAGUGGUCGACAGCUUGACGCCCAAAGGCAUCGAGCCGCACCCGGUUCUGCUCGACAGACGGCUAUGGAUCUCACUUUCGAUGAUCAUUCUCACCCCUCUGGGCUUCCUCAGACGGCUACAUUCCUUGCGAUUCACCAGCUAUUUGGCUCUCCUAGCGGUCGCGAGCUUGUGUCUCCUUGUCGUGGUCAACAUAGCAGACCCUUCCCACUUACCUCAACGGGGCGAGAUACACUUGUUCAGAUGGUCUGCUGGCCUCCUGACGAGUCUGCCCAUCUACGUAUUCGCAUUCACCUGCGCUCAGAACCUCUGCUCCGUCUACAACGAGCUUCAAUCAAAUACGCAAAGCCGGAUGAACAUCGCAAGCUUCUCCUCGAUCGGUGCUGCGGCCAUCAUCUAUCAGCUCGUCGGUUGUCUGGGCUAUAUCAGCUUCGGCGCAGCAGUGAGCAGUAACAUCAUGCUCGACUAUCAUAAUUCUGUUCUGGCCAGCAUUGUCCGGAUAGGCGUCACCCUUUUCGUCCUCUUUAGCUAUCCUCUCCAGCUGCAUCCCUGCCGUGCUUCGCUCGACAAGGUCCUCGCUGGUCAGCAAGCGGUAGCCAAAGCCGCUGUAGAAGGAACGCAACAAGAGGAGCCCACGCCACACGAGAUCCCUCAAGGCAAAUUCAUCGCGAUGACCGUCGGCAUCCUCGUUGCGACAUACACAAUUGCCAUGAACGUUCAGAACCUCUCCGUGGUUCUUGGUAUUGUCGGCGCGACAGGCUCAACGACAGUGAGCUUCAUCCUGCCUGGCUUAUUCUUCCUGGCGCUCUUCAGAAAUGACCUAUCCGCCAAAGAUAGGAUCCUGCGCAUCUUCGCCUGGAUCUUACUCGUCACCGGCCUGACACUCAUGAUUGUCUGCCUGUCUCUGCAGGUCUGGCAAGCUCAGCGAUCGACAAGGUCACCUCACCCGUCCAUACUUCAGCAAAACUAG